GGCCCGCGCCGGGGCCCUAAGCCCGCAGGGCCGCGCGCCGGGGGAUGCCGCGCAGGUCCACCUUAAAGGAGCCGGCGAGCCGAGCGCGAGGCCCACGCGGCUUACUCGCUUCUAUUCCCGGCUAAGCCAAGGUCACUCUUUAAUUCCGCCGGAGCGACGCGGAAUUUAGAGGUUCAAAAGGUCUUUAGGAUUAGCCUGUCCAAUUGUAUCGGAUCACUAACGACUGGAGAAGCCUAAGACGAGGAUGGCAUUCCCUGUGGAUUUGCUGGAUAACUGUACACAUGAGGAACUGGAAAACUCUGCUGAGGAUUACCUCUCCAACUUACGGUGUGGAGACCCUGAAAAUCCAGAGUGUUUUUCUAUUCUCAAUAUUACGGUUCCGAUUAGCCUGUCAAAUGUGGGCUUUGUACCUCUUUAUGGUGGCAGUCAGACCCAGAAAGUCCUGGCUCUCUUUGCGCCUGAGGAUUCACUCACAGCCGUGGCACUUUACCUUGUUGGUCAGUGGUGGGCCAUUGACGAUAUUGUGAAAACAUCUGAACCUUCUAGAGAGGGGCUGAAGCAGGUGAGCACUCUUGGAGAAAGAGUGGUUCUGUAUGUUCUCAAUCGAAUUAUUUAUAGAAAACAGGAAAUGGAGAGACAUGAGAUCCCAUUCCUGUGUCAUAGCAGUACUGACUAUGCUAAGAUUCUGUGGAAGAAAGGAGAGGCCAUUGGGUUUUAUUCAGUUAAGCCUACAGGAAGCUUAUGCAGCUCCUUUCUUACUCAGAAUUAUCAACUGCCAGUUCUUGAUACAAUGUUUAUAAGGAAGAAAUACAGAGGAAAAGAUUUGGGGCUUCAUAUGCUGGAGGAUUUUGUUGACUCCUUUACAGAAGAUGCACUUGGCUUGCGAUAUCCACUGUCUUCUCUCAUGUACACAGCUUCCAAGCAAUACUUUGAAAAGUAUCCAGGAGAUCAUGAACUUCUAUGGGAAGUUGAAGGUGUGGGCCAUUGGCAUCAGCGGAUUCCAGUCACCAGAGCGUUACAGAGAGAAGCAAUUAAAGUUACAGAGAUUUCUCAGUAUGAAGUCAAAAGACCCUUGUCUGGAGACUAUGGUCUGGCUGUUGUACCAGAGUUUGAACCUGGAAUGGAAAGCAGUCAGCCAAGUGAGAUGCAGAUCCAUUCCCUAAAAGAUGCCUUUGCUAGCACUUCUGAAGGUCCAGAAAAGACACCUGUUUCCACUCGUACUCGAAGUGGCCAUUUAAAGCGACCAAAGAUUGGAAAGCGGUUUCAGGAUUCUGAAUUUAGUAGUUCUCAAGGGGAAGAUGAAAACACUGCUCAGACUUCACCUGUGGCUCCAAUAACCAAAGUUGAGUAUACUGCACGCACAUCAGAGAGCUCAGAAGAAUUCCUGGAAGAGGAACCCGAGCGGAGAGUGAUGGGAUUUGGAGAUGAAAGCAGUGUUAAAGAGGCACAGCCUGCACCGGAGACUCAGCCACGCCUGGAGAAGCAAGAUGGUGACAAAGACUCUGCAUUGGAGCCUGUGAACGGGGAGGUAGUGGACGGUGCCAGUAAGGCCUCGCUUACAGCUGAGGAGGAGGACUCUCCCAGUGACGCUGUGGAAGAAGAGCUAAAAGUCCCGCCUCUCAACUCCAGUGGAGAGACUGCGACUCUUGUUCCACCUGUAGCAGAGUCUUCCAGAGCUCCUGAGGCUAUACCAGACAAGACUUCAUCUGUUACUGACUCAGAAAUGUUGACAGAUCAAGCCUCAUCUGAUGAUAAAGGACAUACUGCAGAAAAGCUGUCUCUAGUUUCAAAAAAGAAAACACAUUUAGGGAGCUCAGACAGUGUUGCCACUAUAUCAAAUGAAGAAAAGCCUGACAAUGAUUUCCCAAAUUCUGUAGCAGCAGAAUUUUCUGAGGAACCAGUCUCUGAGAAUCUGUCACCCAACACAGCUUCCUCAUUGGAAGAUCAAGGUGAGGAAGGGGCAUCUGAGGCCCAGGAGCCAUCUGCUGCUCAGAGUUCUCUGAUAGAGGUAGAACUUGAAGAUGUGCCAUUUCCACAGAAUGCAGGACAGAAGAACCAGUCAGAGGAGCAGUCUGAAGCAUCUUCUGAGCAGCUGGACCAGUUUGCACAGUCAGCAGAGAAAGCUGUGGAUAGCAGCUCCGAGGAGAUCGAAGUGGAAGUGCCUGUAGUAGACAGGCGAAAUCUGAGGAGAAAGGCCAAAGGGCAUAAAGGACCUGGCAAGAAGAAAGCCAAGCUGACCUGAGUGAAGAAAUGCAGAUGAUAAACCUUCUUUGUAUCAUAGUUGUUUUUAAACCAUGGUAAUGAAUAAAGAGCAUGGGGCACAGGACAGAUUCUAACAUCUCAAUUUGAACUUAUUUACAGAUGCAGGCUUUCUCUUUCCUUCAGGACCAUUUAUCAUUCCUUCAUUCACCAUUCUUUUUAAUUUUUCAGGCUAUU